CGAUGGAAUUUCCAAAGCUCAUUCUCUCUCCGAUCUGUCGUUUCUGGUUUUUGGCUUUUGGCUUUUACCAGUUUCGUCCUUCUCAUCUCGAGCCGUCGCGUUCAUUUUGAGGUCAAUUUUCCUCAAAUCUCAUAUAUUUAUUUGCAGAACUAAUUCGAAACCCAUCGGCCGGAAAAUAUGGCAAAGGAGUGGAGAAAAACCAGAAGUUCAAGUUUCCGGUGGAUUCCCCUGAAGAUUGUGCCGCCGGAGCCGGAAUCGGCGGGGAUCGGUUUCUUGGCGUUCGAAAUCUCAGUUCUAAUGUCAAAGCUUGUUCAACUAUGGAAUCAAUUAGAAGAUACCGAAUUCACGAGAGUGAAAGAACAAAUCUCAAAUUCAACAGGAAUCAAAAAGCUAAUCUCAGACGACGAUCGAUUUCUAACGGAACUUUUCCUCAAUGAAAUCGUCCGAGAUCUUCAAUACGUCGCGAGAUCGAUCGCGAGAUUCGCGACCAAAUGUUCAGAUCCUGUUCUUCACGAAUUCGAGAAAUUCGUUAGGGAUCCGGUGAAGAACCAUUUCGAUUGGUUCGGAUGGCAAUACAGAUGGAAGAAAAUGGAGAGAAGAGUGAAGAAAAUGGAGAGAUUCGUUGCGUUAACGGCGGAGCUGUCGCGGGAGAUGGAAAUUCUGGCGGAGGUUGAACGGAAUAUCAAGAGAACAACCGCCAUUUUCGCCUUCGGCGGCGGCGGGGGGGAAUCUUUUAAGUUCAGGAAGAAAGUGAAGUGGCACCGCCGCCAUGUGCAGAGCUUGAAAUUGGUGACGCCGUGGAACAGAGGAUUCGAUUAUAUUCUCAGACUUUUUAUGAGAUCGAUCAUCACUGUUGUGGAGAGAAUCAAAAUUGUGUUUGGGGUUAAGGAAAUUCGCCGGCCGCCGUCUGUGGAGAGUGAGAAAUCCGCCGCCGGCCACCGGCUUGCUUCCGGAGAAUUUAACGAAAUGAUGUUUGGUUUGAAGAAUUUCUUGAGGCUGCCUUCGGAGCCGCCAUUAAUGAAGCUUGCAGAUGUUAAAUCCUCAGUAAUAUCAGAGGGCAAAAAGGUCGGCCAAUUCACACACUUCAGAUCAUUUAAAGACUGCAAGGGCGGCGGAAUCGAUUCUCCGCCACACGACGGCCGGCGAAUACGUAAAACGACGUCGUUGAAUCUGAAAAACAGAGUGGAAAACAGAGCAUCCUCACCCUCACGAAUCAACGGCGGCAAUUAUUCAAUUUCAUCAUUCUUCUCCACAGAAAACUUAUCAACCCCACCUCCGUCCUCCCUUGCCGGCGCCGGAUUAUCCAUUCACUAUGCCAAAAUCGUGAUUCUAAUCGAGAAAUCAGCGUCGGCGCCACACCUGAUCGGCGCCGACGACAGGGACGAGCUCUUCAACAUGUUGCCGGCAACGAUUAGAACGGCUCUCAGAUCGCGGCUCCGAUCGGCGGCGAAAGUCCGGCCCCCGUCGCUGUACGAUCCGGUCGUUGCGGCGGAGUGGAAAUCGGCGGUGGCAAAAAUUUUGCAGUGGCUGGCUCCGAUGGCGCAUGAUACGGAGACGUGGGAUUCGGAGCAGAGCUUCGAGAAGCCUCUCGCCGGCGCCGGCGCCGGCGAAUCAAGAUCGCACGUGCUGCUGCUGCAGACCCUUCAUUAUGCAGAUAGGGAGAAGACGGAGGGCGCCAUUGUUGAGCUGUUAGUGGCUUUGAGCAAUAUUUGCAGUUCAAGUGAAGUUUGUGAGGAGAUUUUCGAAUCCACUUGGAGCUGAAGCUCGCCGGAGUUAUUUCUGUGGGAAUGAUGAGUUUUCCGAUUCUAAAGUUUAUGCUUUAUGAUUCGGACUUUUAUGAAUCCUAGAAGAUGGGGGAUUAUGGAAUUUAAUAAGAGUUAAUUAGCAUGUAGCUUAAUAAAUAGAU